AUGUGCCAGAAGUCAGAACUCAUUAGAGAUCAGACCCUUCGAAGUGCAGAGAAUCCAUAUGAAUGCAAUGGGCACAGAAAAGCCUUUCACCAACAAGUAUCGCUAAUUGGGCAACAGAGACUCCACACAAAAAAAUCUUAUGAAUGUAAGGAGUGUGGAAAAAAGUUUUCUCGUAAGUCAAGCCUAAUGAUACAUGAGAGGGUCCACACAGAAGAGAAACUCUAUGAAUGUAGCGAGUGUGGAAAAGCUUUUACUCAUAAGUCAAACAUGACCGCACAUCACAGAAUGCACACUGGGGGAAAACCUUAUGAAUGUGUUGAGUGUGGGAAAUGCUUUUCUUAUAAGCAACACCUUAUUGCACAUCAGAGAAUCCACACUGUGGGAAAACAUUAUGAAUGUAGUGAGUGUGGAAAAGCUUUUAUGCAUAAGUCAAACCUCAUUACUCAUCAGAGAAUCCACACUGGGGAGAAGCCUUAUGAAUGUAGUGAGUGUGGGAAAGGAUUUUCUGAUAAGUCACAGUUCAUUAGACAUCAGAGAAUGCACACUGAGGAAAAACCUUAUGAAUGUAGUGAGUGUGGAAAAGCUUUUAUUGUUAAGUCAAACCUCAUUACACAUCAGAGAAUCCACACUGGGGAGAAGCCUUAUGAAUGUAGUGAGUGUGGAAAAGCUUUUAUUCGUAAGUCAAACCUCAUUACUCAUCAGAGAAUCCACACUGGGGAGAAACCGUAUGAAUGUAGUGAGUGUGGAAAAGCUUUUUCUGAUAAGUCAAACAUGACAUCACAUCAGAGGAUCCACACUGGGGAAAAACCUUAUGAAUGUAGUGAGUGUGGAAAAGCUUUUAUGCAUAAGUCAAGCAUGAUCAUACAUCAGAGAAUCCAUGCUGGGGAAAAACCUUAUGAAUGUAGUGAGUGUGGAAAAGCUUUUAUGCAUAAGUCAAGCAUGAUUAUACAUCAGAGAAUCCACGCUGGGAAAAAACCUUAUGAAUGUAGUGAGUGUGGGAAAGGCUUUCCUUAUAAGCCACACCUCAUUACUCAUCAGAGAAUCCACACUGGGGAGAAACCGUAUGAAUGUAGUGAGUGUGGAAAAGGCUUUUCUCGUAAGUCAAACCUCAUUAGACAUCAGAGAAUCCACACAGGGUAAAAACCUUAUGAAUGUAGUGAGUGUGGAAAUGCUUUUAUUCGUAAGUCAAACUUCAUUACUCAUCAGAGAAUCCACACUGGGGAGAAGCCUUAUGAAUGUAGUGAGUGUGGAAAAUCUUUUUUCGGUAAGUCAAGCAUUAGAUCACAUCAGAGAAUACACACAGGGGACAAACCUUAUGAAUGUAGUGAGUGUGGAAAAGCUUUUCUUCAUAAGUCAAGCAUGAUCAUACAUCAGAGAAUCCACACUGGGGAAAAACCUUACGAAUGUAGUGAGUGUGGAAAAGAUUUUUUUCAGAAGUCACACCUAAUCAGACAGCAGAGGGUCCACACAGUGGAGAAACCUUACGAGUGCAGUGUGUAUCUUCAAGCCUUUACUUACCAGACAGUUUUCAUUCAACAUCAGAGUAUCCAUGCAGGAUAA